CGCUAAAAACGCGCGGCGUAUCCCGAAAUUGAAAAGAAGCGUCGCUCUCUCUUCCUUCUUCUUCUCCCGAGUCACAGCCAUUCGACGCGGCGACCAGUGAAUGACUCGAGUCAUCGAUGAACCGCCUUGUAGGGUCCGUUCUUGUCGACGACAAGCGAUGCAAGCAGUACCCGGCACUCCCAGCAGAGCCUUCCUCGCGUCGACGCGCAGUUCGCGUCCCCGCGUCCGACAGAUGUGAUCGCUGGACGCCGUUCCGCGAGCGCGUACGGUAUUUUGCGUCGUUGCGACGCGGAGUCCAGGAGGCCGCUCUGGGAUGGUAAUCGGCGCCGCGACGAACGUCUAGAAUCAAUACCGGUCGCGACUUGGCCGCGCGGUUGACAUGUCGAGGUCGGUGACACGUGCCAUCACUACCAUCCACCGAGUGUCGCGCAUCGUCGAGUGAGCGGGCAAUAACCCAGAAGAAUGCGAGAGACGGUAAACAACGGCUUCCUCGUGGCCGCGGUCGUCCUGUGCUUCCUGACUGGAUACGCCGCGGCCUCGUAUUGUUAUCCGGAUUACUGCCUGGUGCAGAACCUGACUCACCUGGUAUCAACACCAGGUUUCCAAUGUGUACUCACAUCGGUACGACGGGGGGAAGGUUGCGCAAAGCUAAAAUUUGUAAAUGCCGGCAAGCCACCCAAGCGGAAUGACGCCGCAAUUUUCACGUUGCACGCGUACGUGAAAAGCCUUGAAGACGGAAAGGCGACUGCGUUCAAUUUGUCGAUUUCGGACAUCAAUUUUCACAGGUUGAUUACGCGUUAUCAAAACAUCCUCGACGACGACGAGAACGCGUGCAGGCACGUGGAGUUGUACGGAAACGCCAGCCACCCCGCGCCCAAAGACCUGUACGUGUCGUGCCCGUUCUCCGGCGCCGUGUACGAGGGAUCCCCGUAUCGCUUGGAGUUCAUCGCGAUCGUGAAAAAUUACGCGUACAGCGGAAGAUACGUGUUCCACGUGCCGGAGCACGACUUUAUCGAGGAUGGCGUCCAGGUCGGGUCGUUCACGCCCUUCGUGUACGUCGACGUGUCGGACCCGUCGAACGCAGCGUUGUACAUACAGGCGCUCCCGUCGGCGUACAACGUGACGGAGUACAGGGCGUGGCUGAUCAGCAACGACACCAAGUCGACGAUCACCACCGUGGUGGUUCGCGCGGGCGACGACCGCGGCCACGUGCGGCACAACUUCUCGGCACCGGACGGCGUCUACUACGUCAAAGUCGCGGCCGUGCACCCCGAGUGCGGCGAGGACGGGUGCGCGAACAGCACGUCGCCCUAUAUAUACAUAAAACACGCGUCUGAUCGACUGCUGAUUAUGAUAAUCAGCUUGAUAUGGAUACCGCCUGUAAUAUUGUACGCGCUGUACCAAGCGUUUAAGCUGUACAGAAAGAGGGUUUUAAAGAAAAUGGCGAUAAGGCCGAACUGCUUGCUGGUGUACUCGCCGACGCAUCCGUCGCACGUGAACGUGAUGGCGCAGUUAGCAAAGUUCUUACGAUACUGCAAUAUCAAUGCCAUGAUCGAUAUGUUCGACAUCGCAGAGACCACCAGCAAAGACCCGGGGCUCUGGUGCAAUACCGCGUUUCAAACUGCGGACGUUGUGCUGGUCGUGACGUCCCCGCCGACGUCCGUGAAAUCCGACGCGACGAUCAUUUAUCGAAACGUAGACAACCACCUGUUGCGAUUGCUGAAGGAGAAUUAUCCGCGGAGAAACAAGAGGUAUUACGCGGUACACCUGCCGUACUGCAAGUCGGACGAUAUACCGGAGGAGGCGCGACUCUUCAAGAAGUUUUGUAUACCGGAGGACCUGACGAGGCUCGUGAAGACGAUCCACGGUAUCGUCUGCUUGCGAUUCUUCCCGUCGUCGGACCAGGAGUUGCUGGAAAGCAUCAAGUUCGCUACGGCGAAGAUAUUCGAGGACGAUGCCGCCAAUGCGACAAAGAACACCAAGGAGACCGACGACUUAUUACCACCGAUCGUCGUACAAGAGACUGCAAAUUGCGAGGUCGAUCGACCCAUCGAGGUCCGUAGGCCCGACACGCCGGACAGCGACGUCAUACCUCAGUCUUUCGUGACACGUAUCGACGAACUGAAUCUACUUGGUGAGAUUGACGAGGAGAGAUCCUUUGUCACUAAUUCCGCGAGGAACGACUGCGAGUUUCGCAUAGAUAAGUUAAACUUGUGAUUUUUUUGAUAUGUGUAUGAAUAGUCCGUAGAUUAUUUUCUUAUCAUUUUCUUAUCGAUUUUGUAUGCGACUACAGUUGACUAGAAUAAAAGAAUAAUUUUCCAUACGU